UAAGAAAAAUGUGUCAGGCUAAAAAGAUGAGGAUUCUUUAUGACACAAGAAAUACAUUAGUAGGGAAAUUCAUUUUUCUUGGAAGUGGAUUAUUCAAGAAAAAAACGUUAUGAUGUGCCAAAUAAAUAUAAAUUUUUGUUGAUUUCCCAACUUUAAAAUUGAAGUCAGUCUCAUUUGUGUUCCUAUUGACAUGGAUAAAAAUUAAUUUAGUCAGGAACGAAAGAAGCUUUUAACUGAUUUGAACAGUUUCUUCACAAACCUUUGAACUUCCAAAACAAGAGUCUACUGAGCUCUUGUGUUUUAUAAAAAUAAAAAUCAGUUAGAUGAUUCAGUCCUGAUUAUCGUGAUCUUGGUUGGGAUAUUUCUAACAAAAAAUAUUCCAGUUCUUGAACUGUUUUAAAAUUACAUUUAAAAAAAUUUUAAAUAACGUUUUUGAAAUAAUCUGAUGGAAGGUCAACAAUUCUUUCAGUUAUAUUCAUCACAUGAUAAGGUUCGAGCAUCUUUGAUUAUGAAAGAGCAAAGUAAAGAAGCAAAUCAAAUGGUUUGCCAGAAGUCAAAAUUAACAUAUCAAAAAGAAGAUGUGUCCUCAUUGCAUUCUAGAUUACAAAGAGAAGCUGAUAGAAUACGAAACUGGAGACUACAAAUGGAAUUGGAACUUAAAGAAAAAGAAAAAAAAAUGUUUGAAGCUUCAUCACGCAUGGAAGCCAUGAAAAAAUCAUUACUAGAAUUUCAGUUAAAAAAUCAAAGGGCAUCUAGUAAGCUACAAGAAGAACUUAAAAGUAAAGAAGAGCUUUUAGAAAGGGUUAAUUCAACAAGAGAAUUGUGUAAUUUACUGAAAAAUCAUGCUUCGAAAUUAGAAGAUAAACUCAAUUAUUUUGAAAAUACAAAGAUGGAGCUACAGGAAAUCGAAAAACAAUACUGUGACAAUUUUGAAAUGUUGAAUAGCAGAUUAAAAAAUUUGCAAAUAAGUGCUCAAAUUACUCAAAAGAAAUUGGAAAGCCAAGUGAAUACCUUAAAAGAAGAAAACGAUCUGAGGGAACAAGAAAUGUCUAGUAAAUUAAAUGCAUGUGAGCUUGAGAAUCAAAGGUUCAAAAAUCAAGUAGAAGAUGCAAACAGUUCAGUUCAUAAACUUCAAACAAUUUUAUCUGUAAAGAACUGUGAAUUACAUGAUUUGACUACUUCUAUUGAUACACUUAAUGAAAAAACUGCUAAUCUGUCUAAGCAACUAGAAGUUAAAGAAUUAGAACUGGUAGAAUCGUCAGCAAAAAUGUUAAAUCUUCAGGAAGAUAAAAACAAUCUGGAAAAUAGGCUACAAAUAUUAGAAACGGAAUUAAUUACCCAGAAAACAAAUAAUGAUAGAACAUCAUCUGAAAUGGUUCAGUCAAAAGAAGUACUGGAAAACAAACUUGAGAAAGUUCAUGAAGAGUUUCAAACAUCCAAAGAAAAACUAGAUGAUAUUCACCAUCAACUUGACACCUGCAAACAAAAAUUGGCAGAGACAUUAACUAUAGUUGAUAAUCUGAAUAAGACUAAUGAUAAUCUUUUAUUAGAGAAAAUCAACUCUGAAAUGCAAUUGGAUAUGCAAGAUUUUCAAUUGAAUAAUUUUAAAGUAAUGAUUGCUGAGGAUAAAGAAGAGAUUCACAGACUAAAUGGGGAGAUAAGCGACUUAAAUGCCAAACUGGAUAGAGAAAAUCUGUGUAGAAGUAAAUAUCAGGAUGAAAUACACACCUUGCAGAUAAAAAUAGAUGAAUUGCUUCUAGAACAAGAGGAAAAAGUUGAAAAAAUAGAUAGCCUUACAAAAGAGCUAAAAAUUGCUCAAGAAAGAAACUCAUUAUUAGAAAGAACUCUAUCAGAAAAAGAAAAUCACUUACAUAGUGUUGAAAGUGGAACUGGAAAACUAGAACAAAAGGUUAAGGAUAAAAGUUUGCAAAUACAAAACUUGAAGGAGCAGUUACUUGAUUGUGAAAAAAAAAUUCAAAAAGCAAAAGGAGACUUAGACAGCAAAUCUAAAUUAAUUAAUGACAUGACAGCUACUAUCAAGGAGCUCAAGUCAUCCACAUUACAACAAAAUAAAGAAUUAGAAACUAGUGCAUUAAAAUUGGAAGCUUUUAUUUUUAAAGAGUCUGAACAAUCAAGUGAAAUUCAGAAAUUGUCAUCAAUAGUAAAAGAAUUAAGUGAAAAAAUCACUGAAAAUGAAAAUUCCUUAGAAAUACAAACGAGCAAAAUAACAACAUGUUUAAAGCAUAACAGAGAAUUAGAAAAACAGCUAAAAAAUGUUAGAAGUAAGCUGGAAUGUGAAGAAAAGACUAAUAUUGAAAAUGAAAAACUGAUAAAUAGGCUGCACAAUGAUCUAAAACUAAUUAUGGAGAAAAAAGAAUCUGCUGAAAAACUUAACAUCAACUAUAAACAAGAACUGGAAACAUCUAUAUUGGCUCUUGCAAAGGCAGAAAAAAAGUUGGAAGCUGCUGUAAAGGAGAAGGAAUUGAUGAUUGCAAAGACAGACUGUCAGUUAGCUGCUAUGAUGGCUACUUUAGAAGAUUAUAGACAAAAUAAUCAAAAUUUAAUUAUUGAUAGAGAUAAAGAAAUUCAGACACUAAGAGUGAAACUACAAAAUGCUGAGAUUAUAGCUCAGGAACGAGACAAAGCUUUUACCGAGCUGAAACAAGAAAUAGAAAAAAAGAAAACUGAAAUGUUUUCAAGAGUAAAGACAGAGGAAACUUUAGCUCAUGGGCGAGACAUGAAAAAAGUCGAUGGUGAAACUCUUACAAAAAUAAAAGCAUCAUAUUUAGCUGAAACUCCAGAAAUAUGUAAUAAUUUCUCUAACCAUGUAAAAGAUAGACUAAUGACUCCACAAGUGCGUCUCAUUCCUAAUUGGGAAAAUCAAAAAACUCCACAGCAUGGUAUCCUACGAAAUCAUAAUCCUAUUUCUAAAAGAAGAAAAGUAGCUUUUACACCCAAAGAGAGUCAUUUAUCAGAUGAUUCUGAUGUUGUGGAACUAGAUUCGCACGUAAUGAAUUAUGUUAAAACUCCCAUUAGGCAAAACUGUUUAUCAAAGGAAGAACUUUUAAAGACACCUGAUCAAGUAAAAAGAACUCCAAGUCGGUCAUCUUUCAACAAAGGAUUUAGAGAUCUAGAUAAUGGGGCUAAAAAAUCUGUACCUAGUGAACUAGAUCCUAAUGUUGCUCCAUCUAGGAAAAAUGUAAAACAUACAGAAAGCGAGGUUUUGGAAGAAGCAAGAGUAAACUUCAGAAAAACACCUUUGAAAAAGACAUCAAAGUUUUUUAGCACAUCACCUAAGAAUAAAGCAGUAGUUACAGUGGUAAAUAGAAAAUUCAAAUCAAAACCUAACUGCAAUGAGGAAUUAGCUUGGUUUGAAUCAGAUUCUGUAUACGGAUUUGUUUGUGAAGAUUGAUUUUAUUUGAAUAUAUUAGCUGUUAUUUCAAUAAUUAGUGAUAGAUUACUAUUUAUUAUCUCAUUAAGGUAAUGUGUAUUAAAUGUUCAAAUUGUAAAUCUUGAUCUUGAACUACAUCAUGAUGUUUAUUGAACAAUAUUGUUGUUAAAAAAGAUCCUAAUAAGAAAAUAUUUGCUAAUAUCACUAUUUUCCAUUUAUUAGUAUGUCUCUAUGGCAUAUUUGUAAAAGUAGGUAGUUACUUAUAUGUAUUAGUUGCUGUAAUUGUGCACAAAUUUUAUUUUUUUUUUCAUCAUAAGAUUUUGGAAGAGUGCAGUAUGUCAUUUCACUUAUUUUAAGAGUCUUGUUGCUGUUUAUCAUUGCAGCAUAAAAAUGAAGUUAUUCUUAGCACAUUUAUUUUGUGAUAUUUAUUUAAAAUUAUGAAAUCAUUUUAUGUCAAUAUUUUCUUUUUUGUUAUUUUAGGUUUAAUUAAAAGUUUUGCUUUAAAUGUAUUAUUAAAAAAUAAUUAUAAAAAGCUUGUUGACUUUUUACAAUUUAUAUACCUAUAUGGAUGUAUAUAUUUAUGGAUUCUUAAGAUAAAGGUUUAAAAUAGUUUUAACAUGACCUAGUUAAUUUAGAAACAAAACAGACUUUGAAGGGAUAAUAACAAAUGUAUGAAUGUUAAACCCAAAAAAAUUGAAACAAAACUUUUUUUUUCUUGUAUUGUUAAUAAAAAAAAAUAUAUUAGUAAUUUUUA